AUGUUCCAAAUUAAGAGUUCAUAUUAUCAACCUACAAGUUCUACAAGUUUUAUUGCUGAAAUUGACUAUAUUAAUGAUAAGUCUAAUGAAUGUUUUGAUAAUAAGCCUGAUAAAUAUUUUAAUAAUAAGCCUGAUGAAUAUUUAAAAAAUAGGUUUGAUGAACAAUCAGAUAAUGAAUUUGAUGAACAAGUAGAACUUUAUGAAGGACAAAUUUUUCAGAUAGUUGAAAAAGCAUAUUCAGUAGUUGAGGCAUUUGCAAAUUCAAAUAGGUUUGGAAUUAGAAAAAGACAUGUUGAGAAAGAUCCAAAUAAUAAUGUUCAUACUGGCUAUACACCAGAUCCAAGUACUAUAAAAUUUAUUCUAAAAAAUCGUAAACUUACUGAUAAGAUGUUGGCAGAUAUUAAAUACUAUAUGAUAGUUGAAAAGCUUAAUGCAAGCACACAAUAUUAG